AUGCUGCAGGCUGCCAUGCAAUGGGCCGGUGCUUCUCGGCUGGGUACCUUGAUGGUUGGGGACAUGCAAUCCGAUAAGGACGCUGCCGAAGGUGCUGGUGUAAUCUUCCGCUGGGCUCCUGAGUUCUUCAUAAAGGGUAUCGAGCUCCCGCAAAUUGCUGAUGUGGGAACUAUAGUCGAUGAGAAGUUCUCAUCGGCAAGCCUCUGA